AUGUCUCCAUUCUCAGCAACACUGCGACGCCUGGGCCCUUCAUUACCUCGCUCAGCUCCUAAAUCAACGCGCAGAGGGGCCGCCUCUGCUGGCCGUCUCCCACCAGAAAAACUACGCGCUCUCAUCUCGCUGUACCACCAAUCCGAGACGUUUAUCAACGAAGACAAUCUCAUGCAACGAAUAAACGAAGCGCUUAUUGACAACAAGUCAAGGCCAUACAAUGAACUCCAGCUGAGGGACCUGACAGCUGCGUUGGAGAAGAGGCGGGACACUCCCAAGACGUCGUUGCAGACGAGUGUUUACGAUGUCAAGCACCUGGGAGAUGCACACUGGAGUUUGCAGAGGGUGAAGAGGGAGAGAGAGGCAGUUGCUGCGUUGUAUGGGACGGACCCUACGCCUUUCAACCCUGCUGCGCCUGGGUUGGAGCUUGUCCAGGGAGAGUCAGCGCCAGCAAAGAAGGCAGAGUAG